AUGGAGGUCACCAAGCUCAUGUUAGAAGGCAUCGUUGUUGCUUGCAAAUGGGACCACUGGAUUGGUGAUGCCUACUCCUUCGGCAUGUUCAUGGCCGCAUGGGCUGAGGUCUCUCGGACCAACUCACUCACUCUCGUCCCCAAUUUCCGUCACUCUCUCCUCAGCCCACGCCAUCCUGGGUCCUACGCUAGACAACAUGUACGUGCCCAUGGCAUCCCUGAGCCCGCCGCCCAAGCACGAGGGUACUUCAUCGGAUCAAUCCAGCAGCCGGAUCUAUCAUUUGAGCGCGAGCACCCUGAACCAACUCCAAGAUCUUCUUCCACUGAUGGGACUACGAAAACCAAGCUGGAGGCAUUCAGCACAUUUCUAUGGAAGUUGAUGGCCAAUGCCAGUGGUGAUGCGGAGAGCUGCUGUCGAAUGGGCAUCGUCGUCGAUGGCCGGUCUCGCUUGAAAGAGGGCCCGAGAUCGGCACUAUACGGAUACUUUGGUAAUGUUAUCUCGAUCCCAUUUGGGGAGGCCACCGUCGAGGACCUGAAGAGCAAGCUGUUGGGAUGGGCUGCGAAGAAGGUGAACAAGCUUCUGGUUUAUGCCACCAACAGGGAGCACUUUCAGGGGCUGAUUGACUAUGUCGAAGGGCAAAAGCCUAACCCCAUGAUGACAAGGGUCUACUACAGAGGGGCCGACGAUGGGCCGGCCAUUGUGGUGUCACAUGCAAGAGUGUUGGAUCCCUCCAAGAUGGACUUUGGUUGGGGUCUUCCUUUUUUGAUGUCCGGGCACUUCUCUUGGGGAAGGGAUGCCAGAUUUGUGCUGCUGCUGCCAAGCCCCCUAGGGAAUGGAGACUGGGUUGUUUACAUGCAUCUAUUCAGGCACCAGCUUCACAAAAUAGAGAUGGCCAGAUGGGGAAGGGGGAAUACUUCAACCUCUUACUUUCCAAUACCUCACCCCUCAAGAGGUUUGGGAAGAAGUGAAAUAGAGAUGGGGGAAGGGGGAUACUUCAACCUCUUACUUCACCCCUCAACAGGUUUGAGAAGAAGUGAAAUGGAGAUGGGGAAGGGGAAUACUUCAACCUCUUACUUUCCAACACCUCACCCCUCAAGAGGUUUGAGAAGAAGGAAGCACGCCAAAGAUUGGCAAUAG